GGGGAAUAAAAACAGGAAGACUAGACUCCUAUUUAUCUACGAUGUGAGGAAUAAAACAAAAUGAAGCAGAUCAAGUUUUCUUUCCUGUCAAUAUUUUCCGUCUUCAUUUUAAAUUCAGAGAUUCAUGUAGAAUCAACCUAUUACUGCGGUGGUGUGACUGAUCCCUGUACGGCAGCCGGGGAGCUUUUUGAGCCGUAUGCACGAACCCAGAACUGUCCGUAUGACGGGACACAAUCUCAUGUCCCAUGUGAUCGAUACAAGACGCCGGGAUGGUACAAGUCAGACGAACCUAUACUAGAUCAGUGUCCCACCCUCAGCAGCUGUGGAACUAUUUAUCCUGUCUGGUAUAAUGGAACCUUGCCACAAGUAGCUGAUGGUGUUGUUUCCAGGAAACUCUGUAAAACCGGAUUCUCUAGUUGCUGUGUUAAAGAGUACGAUGUUCAGAUCAAGAACUGCGCACCCACCACGUGUACUGUCUACCAGCAUUAG